AUGGCUCUUUUAGGAAGGACGAAGCGUCCACGCGUGUUUCCCCUUCCUGAGUCUUCCGACUCUGAAGACGUCGACAACACACUUCCUGAUGUGCCUCCAAUCCCUCACAAUUUUCCAGAAUGCCACGCAGCAGGCAAGAAGACCAUUGCUCGACCUUGCAGCUCCCAAGGCAGCAAUGAUGAUUCAAUCCAUGACACCAUCUCUGGCACAUUAGAUGAAAUGUGUGGUACAUCAUUUGCUGGAAUGAGUGGUGAAGCAACUAGUCAUCCACGUCAGCACGAAAAUGUUGCCUCCACAACAGAGUUUCAGAAGCAGGUCCUGCAACUUUUACACCUGGUGCGACUGACACAACAAAGGGACAGUGCUGUACUCCAUGAACUUUGCGCACAGAGGGUCACUAGUACGGCUGCGAAACCACUAGGAGCACUAAUAAAACAGCCAUUUGCAUCUUCCGAAGACUUCGAGCAGUUUGAUUCAUCUCUAAGUGAAGAAAGGAAAUUGUUGCUCGUGCUGGACCCUGUUAGAGAAGCCACUUUACAAGGGGCAGUGAAGGACUGUUAA